UCUGUCAACAAGAGUGUGUGAAGAAGCUGUGUGAGGAAGCUGCGCGAUGCGAGCGAGUCAUGACCUGCAAUUUUUUCAUCUCAGUCGGUUUUUUAGAAGCCACGGGACGAACACUUUAGCCGGCGUUGAGACUACGGCGUGGGCCCUCAAAUGCCUUCGACGUCUCCGGCAAGAACGGCCUUUUUUCAGCUUGGCGGCGCUGAAUAGUUAGCUUGCAAGCUAAGUGCUUAAGCUAGUACAGCAGCAUCAUUCGUUUUUUUUUUUCUUUGUUUUUUGGUAUCGAUUAAUUCUACGUGUGUGCCGCUCUUUUGGUGAAUGGGCGUUUUAGCGAAACGAAAUCAUGCUUUUCGCAUCCAAAUUGCUGUACUCGGGUUCAGCGCGGUGACUCGGUCGACUUGCUGACCCGAGUCAGCGGAUGUUCAUCGUCACCCGCCGAACCUUUGGAAGUUGCCGUCGAUGUCUCGCGACGGCGUUUAUUCAAAAGUUCCCGCCCCCUCUUUGAUCUUCGAGGUACUUCAUCCAUGCGCGGAGGAGGAGAGGAAGCAUGAGAGGUCUCCAUCUCUCCCGCAAGGCCGUGCCGCUCUCUCGAUCGAUUAGCUGACCAACAUCUGCCGCAGCCGCGGGACAGAGCCGUCCGCGGCCUGUGCGCGAGAAGAAAGCGACCGUCCGAGCUGCCGCCCCUGCGUCCGGUCCGUAUUUUUCACACCAUGGCUGAGAGUGGGCUCUCCAAGCCGGGGGACGCGGCGGGGCCGCCCGCUUGGUCCCUCGGCAACGCGUCCUCGGGCCCGACCCCUGCUACUGAUACCGGCGGAUGCGAGAACGGCGCUCUGAUGGACUCGUUCGGCAUCUUCCUUCAAGGACUCCUCGCCGUGAUGGCGUUCAGCAUCCUCAUGCUGAAACGCUUCCGGGAGCCCAAACAUGAAAGGAGACCCUGGAGGAUCUGGUUCCUGGAUACUUCCAAACAGGCUAUCGGGAUGCUCUUCAUCCACUUUGCUAAUGUUUACCUGUCGGACCUGACCGAGGAGGAUCCCUGCUCGCU